CACCGUUUUUACCAGCUGGCAGCUGCUUGCUUUCGUAAUGACAGCAGACGCCGAGUCCGUACAGUUGAAAUUGAGCAGCACACGAGAAAGCUCGAAGCUUAUAGCAAAUUAAUUUAGUAACUUUACUACUUACACACAACAACACAAAAGAAAAUGGCCGACAAACCAAAACGUCCGCUCUCCGCUUACAUGCUGUGGCUGAACAGCGCUCGCGAGUCGAUCAAACGCGAAAAUCCCGGCAUCAAAGUUACCGAGGUGGCCAAGCGCGGUGGUGAAUUAUGGCGGGCAAUGAAGGAUAAGUCGAAAAACUGCUCGACCGUUUCUUGCUUGCAGGAGUGGGAGGCAAAGGCAGCCAAGGCUAAGGAUGAUUACGAUCGCGCCGUCAAAGAUUUUGAGGCCAAUGGCGGCAGCAGUGCUGCUGCUAAUGGCGGUGCCAAGAAACGUUCAAAACCUGCGAAAAAACCAGCGAAAAAAAGCAAAAAGGAUGAUUCUGAUGACGACGAUGAUGAUGAAAGCGAGUAAGAGAUCGCUUCACAGGCGUCAUCAAGGAAACCACAAGAACAUCAUCAGUGGACCUGUCAGUCAGUCAAUCGCAUUUCGUUUAAACUCCACCCACACCCAACACCACCACCCACCCCCCUACACUCCACUUGCACCAACCAUACACAAAACAUAAAAUAAACAAACAAACAAACAAACCAUAGCAUAGAAAUACAAAGACCGUUGAACAGGAAAGUUGCCGUCGAAAAAACGCGACUGUUGAAUAAUGUAACAACACGAAGAACAUAUGCAAAAUUGUAUUUAUACAUAAGAAUUUAAGUUUAUAGUAGGCGUUUCUUUUAGUAUACACAUAUUUACGAGAGAGGACAAAACAGUUUUUAAGUCGAGCUCGAGGCGCGGAAUACUUCCUCUCGCCUUCAAAGAAAACAAUUUAAGAAGACGGCAAAAAAAUAAAACAUUGAUCAAUUUGUAUAUCUUGCAUAAAAAUUUGUAAAUUAAACGAUAACGUAAUUCCAUUAUAAAUAAAAACAACUAAAAAUCGAAAA